AUGUCUCUUUCUCGAUCGCCCAACGGCCUCCUCGAGUUGUCCAAAGCCCCAGACCAUCUGGUAGCCAUUGUCACCAAAAAUGCGACAGAGUCUCCUCUCCUUCGCCUCCCAGCAGAAAUGCGGAAUCGCAUCUUCCGAUUCGCAUCAGGUGGCUGCGAGAUCCACAUCACGCGGCGUCCGCUCCGCGCGGUAUCGUCUGAGACACCACCUCCGCUUCUGGACGCGAAUGAACCGGCAUUUCUCUACGCCAAAGUCUUCGAGCAGGUCACCGAUCAUCCUUUGACCCUCUCUCACACGGGCCUGAAUCUCGCCCUCGUCAGCCGUCAAGUGUACUGCGGUGUCGGCCUCUGGCUCUCUGAGUUUAUGACCGCGUUGAAGCCCGCACAAAUCGCGGCUUUCCAAUCCAUACUCUUGAAGAACAACGGUAGAGCUGUGCUACUGGAGCUGUUCGACCUGUUGACUCGCCGCAGGCGUAUGACUUCUACGUUCCCUGCGAUGCAGAAGAUCUUCAUCCGGUGGCGACUUAGAGCUCAGGAUGAUUGCGUGCCCUCCUGGCUAGAGACACCGCUUCGGCUGACGAGUUUCGAGGAUAUGGGCACUGGGGAGGGCGGUAGGACCGUCGAAGUCAUGAUGUGUAAAGUGAGGCGACAGUAG